GAGUCCGACGAUCAUGCAAAUGAUUAUGCAUCUACAUUGCGGCACAACAUCCAAUCACACUGUCCUCUGGUAUCCGGCUCCCACACCACAACACCAAUGUCGCUUGGCCCAAGAGUCCCCACCCAGGUAACAGGCUUCGCAAGGUGCGGCACAGAGGUUUCCCUCCUUUGCGAUACUUCGAUGGCGGAGCCAAGAUCAAGAUCGCUUAAUCCUGGUCAAGGACUCGACACCAACAACAGGGCAAUCCUACAUGCAGAGUAACUCAGGUCAUGAUCUCAAGCAUUGCCAAGUGUAUUGUGCUUUACAUCUACACCCUUCCUCCAGCUCCGCGUACCUCCAGAAUAAUGUUCCGUUCUACUGGAAUUACCUUGAAACAUGGUUGUCGUUGCUUAUGAGUCCUACGGCGGACGAGGACCUCUACUUGUUCGGAUAGCCAUCGUAGAGGCUGUUGUCGCGACCAUAUUCCUUUUGCUCAGAGUUUACACUCUCCUGUUUAUUGCGCCGCGAAGAGCCUGGGACUUGUUCUGGAAUGCAACAGCUUGGUUUUCUGCUCUGAUAUCCAUAAUCUUCAUAUCGAUCGCAUGCCACAACGGAAUCGCCAAUCAUUUAGAUAAAAUUGAUCCCGAGGACUUGCCAACUGGCAACCUGUUCAGCUGGCUAGCAGACACAUUCUUCAUUCUUUCAUCUGGCACCGGCAAACUUGCUGUUAUAGCGUUGUUGUUCCAUGUCCAAGGCCCAACAAAACGCAAUGGACGACGGUUUCUGUGGUUCAUCGGUGGCUCCGACAUGUUCUGGAGCAUUUUCCAGAUGAUCUUCCUCUGGUUCCAAUGCAAGCCGAUUCACAAGUUGUGGCACCAGGAAAUAGCCGGAUCAUGCAUGUUAACCGCAGCGAUUGUCAAGGUGGGCAUAUUUGUUGGUGCCUACUGUGCAGCAUGCGACUUUGUCCUUGCGUUCUAUCCAAUCUUUCUUUUCUGGAAACUCGAGACAAGCUGGAAAACAAGAGCAGGGCUCAGUCUGCUGUUUUGUGGAGGUGCAGUAGCUGGUGCCGCUGCGAUACUGAAGACAUACUAUCUUAUGAACCUGGCAGUCGCGGAAGACAUAACAUACGCAAUAUUUCCAACAGACGCCUGGGCAAUUACUGAACAAUAUCUGAUCAUCAUCAUGUCCAGCAUCCCCGCCAUCCGCCCUCUUUGCGUCAAGGUCUUUCGAAGAGCACAAAGUCAACUCUCCACCGCAAAGGCAAACACCCACCCCACCUCACAAUCCCGCUGGACGGAAUUGCAGAGCUUCAGGAACACCAUGCAGCCUAGUAACACACAGAGCAUGGCAGCAGCACAAUAUCACGGACACAAUGAUAGUUCGGAAGAGAUUUUGGCCACGCAUGCCGGCCACUCCAAGAGCAACAGCGGUAUCAUGGUGACCACGCAAGUUAGCAUAUAUCCAGACAAAGACGAAGAACAACAGCAUGAGGAAAAAGAAUCUUUUACAGAUUUAGAUAUUAGCAUAGAACGGCCUGUAAGAGCGGAGUAAAACAUGAGAUACAAUUCACUUUUUCGUUAUGUUGUACGCUGGGCUCUCACCGGAGGUCUCUUGCCAUGUGAAAACGCUCUUGCAUUUUUACAGAGUGUUG